UCUCUCCACACACACACACACACGCUCCCUCGCAUUUCGUGGGAGAAAGUAAGAAGAGGGAGAGAGAAAGAGAGAGAUUGAGAGAGAGUGAUUUGAAGUCUCUCUCUGCUCUCUCCGCUUUUCUGUUCACUCGGACUCAAUGGGGCUCUAACAUUAGGGGUUUCAAGCUGUAAAACUGCAUAUUUAUUACCCGUUCCCUUCUUUAUAUUUAAGUUUUGUACAUAACACAGAUAACUUAUUGAAGUACAAGGUGGGUGUGCGUCUCUUAAGGCGCACCAAGUUCCUUACAGGCUCCCUAAAAAAACAGUUACUGAGAGAGAAAGAACGAAAAGCUAAUUUUGAAAUUGUCCUGCCUUGUAGUCCAACCAAACCGGUCAAAAAACUUGGGAACUAUGGAUAUUCGGAAGAAGCGGAGGCCGUGGUGCAUGGAGACUUCGUUCGUGCUCCUCCUGUGCCUUACUCUGGCACAAGCAGAUCCAAUCGAUGUUUUGCGGGUGCUGCAGUUGCCCUCCCUCCCCGAAGGUGUGCAGAAGGUUCCGGGUUUCUGUACCUCCCGCCGGGCCGGCACACCUGAUCAUGCCUACCGCAUCAAUAAGAAAGCCCAGAUCUCUGCCCCCACCAAACAACUAUUCUCAGGACGUUUCCCAGAGAACUUCUCCAUUAUGACUCUGGUAAAGGCCAAGGCUGGUCUUCAGGCCUUCCUGCUGUCCAUCUACAAUGAGCAGGGUGUACAGCAGCUCGGUCUAGAGUUGGGACGCUCACCCAUCUUCCUGUAUGAGGACCAGAAUCGCAAACCCGCCCCAGAGGACUACCCACUGUUCAAAGGGGUCAACCUGGCUGACGGCAAGUGGCACCGCAUAGCCAUUUCUGUGCAGAAGAAGAACAUCACUCUGAUCCUUGACUGCAAGAAUCGUAUAACCAAAGCUCUGCCGCGUAGCAACAACCCAGUCUUGGACACCAAGGGCAUCACUGUCUUUGGAGCCCGUCUCCUGGAUGAGGAGGUCUUCCAGGGUGAGAUCCAGCAACUGCUGAUCGCAUCCAACCCUCAGGCCGCCUUUGACUUCUGCGAGCACUACAGCCCUGACUGUGACUCCCCUCUGCCCAAAGUCCAGUCCCAGGACCCAAACACCUACGAGGGCAAGGCGAACAACGGCAAAGCCGAUAAGCAAAAAAAUGCCCCAGCCAAAGCCGCUGCUGGUGCAAAAUCAGAAAAACCUGCUCCAGCUAAACCAGCUAAAGCCAAACCAACUCCAUCAGUCAAAACUGGAAAGAGCAAACCUACUGCAGCGCAAUUAUUGAUUUCAAAGAUAAAACCUACUUUGGCUUCUAAACUAGCAGCCAAACCAAAAGCAACUCCGGCCCCAAAGAAUGACAACAAAAAAAAGGCUAAUGACAAUGGAAAGGCGGUUGAGGAGAAAAAAAAUAACGGUCAGGCUAAAGUAAAUGGUAAUGGCAACGGCAAAAGCAAUGGGAAUGGGAAAGAUGCAAAUGGUAAGGCUAAGGCUGGCAGCAAUGGUAAAGUCAAUAACAAUGGCAAUGGGAAGGCAGCUGUGGAGAAAAAAGCAAACGGAGAAGCUAAAACUAAUGGCAAUGGUGCAAAAACAGUGAAGGCUGAAAAGGCAGCAGUGACCAAAGUAACAAUAACCAAGGAGUCAGAGACAACUGCAACGAAAUUGGGAAAAACUAAACCGCCCGCCAAACCACAACCAACCAAAGACAAGACAGACAAAACAAAAGCCAAUGCACCACCCGUGAAGUCUAAACCAACCAAAACUGUGGUAGAGAAGGUUCAGACCAAAGUCACUAAAACUGCCAAAGUAGCAGCCGUCACUCAAAAACCUGUUGUUUUCAAACCCACCCCUGCGCCUUUGCCUCUCCCUUCAAAACCUAAGGUCUUGGAUGUCAAUAACGUCAAAUCAAAGUCCAAAAAUUUCCCACCCUUCGACAAGGCUGCUGUGCGUGGCACGACCAUCUCUUCUCCAGAAAUCCCCAAGAAGAAACCCACCAAUGGUUAUCAACAGGACGUAGAUCCUGCUUACUCAGAGGCUGACCACACCCCCACAGAGACCGAUUAUUAUUACACAGUAGAAGAAGAGGCGUCCCCACAGCCAGAAAGUGAUCCGAAUGGAUAUGAAGAAACCAUUAACCAGGUGGACGAGACUGUCGCUGUGGAGGAAAUAGAUACGACCAAGAUAGGUGGUGAAGGGGUGUCUCAAACGCCAGACGAGCCCUUCGCUGAGGAGUACAUAACAAGCGACUUUGGAAUGAAGGAGUAUGACUAUUCCUACAAAGACUACAGUGAGCCCAUCUCCGAAAGCAAGACGGAAGAUACCCUAGGCCCUGCCCUGUCCGCUGUGACAGAUGAGGGAGGUGCCUCCGUGCGAGCCCUGAAGGGAGAGAAGGGAGAGCCUGCUGUCCUUGAACCUGGCAUGCUGAUUGAAGGGCCACCUGGACCAGAAGGACCAGCAGGUCUCCCUGGCCCCGCUGGCCCUCAAGGACCCCCUGGUUCUGUUGGUGAUCCUGGUGAGAGGGGUCCUACUGGUAAGGCUGGUCUACCUGGAGCGGACGGUGUCCCAGGACCUCCUGGAACUUCUGUCAUGCUUCCUUUCCGCUUUGGACAGAGUGGUGGUGAAAAAGGGCCUGUUGCCUCAGCACAGGAGGCGCAAGCUCAAGCCAUACUGUCUCAGGCUCGGAUGGCUCUGAAAGGUCCACCUGGGCCAAUGGGUUUCACCGGCCGUCCUGGACCUUUGGGAACACCUGGAAGUCCUGGCUUAAAGGGAGAGGGUGGGGACCCUGGUCCUCAGGGUCCCAGAGGUCAACAAGGAUUAUCUGGUCCUCCUGGUAAAGCUGGACGGAGGGGUCGUGCUGGUGCUGAUGGAGCCAGAGGAAUGCCAGGAGAGUCUGGAAUUAAGGGUGACCGUGGCUUUGAUGGCCUUCCUGGUUUGCCUGGAGACAAGGGUUAUCGGGGUCAGACUGGAGGAAUGGGACCCCCAGGACCGACUGGAGAGGACGGAGAGAGGGGAGAUGAUGGAGACGUCGGACCCAGAGGUCUUCCCGGCGAACCGGGGCCCCGUGGUUUGCUGGGGCCUAAAGGGCCUUCUGGACUUCCUGGUCCUCCUGGUGUCCGCGGAAAUGAUGGUCCACAUGGUCCAAAAGGAAACUUGGGACCCCAAGGAGAGCCUGGUCCUCCAGGACAGCAGGGGGCUCCAGGAACACAGGGAACGUCAGGGCCACAAGGUGCUAAUGGACCGCCAGGAGAGAAAGGACCCACAGGAAAGCCAGGUCUACCAGGAAUGCCCGGAGCUGACGGUCCUCCCGGUCAUCCCGGAAAGGAAGGCCCUGGUGGAACCAAAGGAAAUCAGGGUCCUAAUGGUCCUCAGGGGUCUAUUGGCUAUCCUGGCCCUCGGGGAAUCAAGGGAACUCAAGGUAUCCGUGGACUGAAGGGCCACAAAGGAGAGAAGGGAGAGGAUGGAUUCCCUGGAAUCAAAGGAGACUUUGGUGUGAAGGGAGAGAGGGGAGAGGUUGGAGUGCCCGGCCCGAGAGGAGAGGACGGUCCUGAGGGGCCAAAGGGUCGUGUCGGACCCCCUGGUGAAAUUGGACCUCUCGGCGUGUUGGGAGAGAAGGGUAAACUUGGUGUGCCUGGACUUCCUGGCUAUCCUGGAAGACAAGGAAUUAAGGGCUCCCUUGGUUUCCCAGGAUUCCCUGGUACAAAUGGCGAGAAGGGCGCAAGAGGUUUGAUCGGAAAACUUGGACCAAGAGGACUAAGAGGGCCUACCGGUCCCAGAGGGCAGAGGGGACCCCGUGGAUCAACAGGAAAACCAGGUGCUAAGGGCGGAUCAGGCAGUGACGGGCCCUCUGGACCACCUGGAGAGAGAGGAUUAACCGGACCUCAAGGUGCAAAUGGAUUCCCUGGGCCAAAGGGACCUCCUGGACCUCCGGGGAAAGAUGGACUGCCUGGACACCCUGGACAGAGAGGCGAAGUUGGUUUCCAAGGCAAAGUUGGACCACCUGGGCCACCAGGAGUGGUUGGACCACAGGGUCCCUCUGGUGAGACUGGUCAGAUGGGUGAGCGUGGCCACUCAGGACCCCCAGGACCACCCGGUGAGCAAGGCCUUCCUGGGCCCUCUGGUAAAGAGGGAACUAAAGGAGAUCCCGGUCCAUCUGGCGGCCCCGGGAAAGACGGACCCCCUGGACUGAGAGGAUUCCCAGGAGAAAGAGGACUGCCAGGAACUCCGGGAACUGGAGGACUGAAAGGAAAUGAAGGCCCUGCUGGACCACCUGGACCUGCUGGCUCAUCUGGGGAGAGAGGAGGUGCUGGCACUGCAGGUCCUGUCGGCCCGCCUGGACGACCUGGACCUCAGGGACCCCCUGGAGCUUCUGGAGAAAAAGGAGUGCCAGGAGAGAAAGGUCCGAUUGGUCCAGCUGGUCGCGAUGGCAUCCAAGGCCCAGUUGGUCUCCCCGGCCCUGCUGGACCUCCAGGUACUUCUGGAGAGGAUGGAGACAAGGGUGAGGUUGGAGAGCCAGGACAAAAGGGAGGGAAAGGAUCCAAAGGAGAACAUGGUCCUCCUGGUCCACCUGGGACAAUGGGUCCUGUUGGACAGCCUGGUGCAGCUGGUGCCGAUGGUGAGACCGGUGCGAGAGGUCAGCAGGGACCGUUUGGCGCUAAGGGAGAUGAAGGGACAAGAGGAUUCCCUGGGCCUCCAGGCCCCAUUGGACUACAGGGUUUGCCAGGCACAUCUGGAGAAAAGGGAGAGACAGGAGAUGUUGGGCCAUUGGGUCCUCCUGGUCCCCCAGGACCACGUGGUCCAGCUGGUCCCAAUGGUGCUGACGGUCCUCAAGGUCCUCCAGGAGGUUUGGGUAAUCCAGGUCCCUUAGGAGAGAAGGGUGAGCCUGGUGAAUCUGGACCACCUGGUGUUGGUGGAGAGCCAGGAAAAAUGGGCCCGAGAGGAGAGCGUGGUGAGAAGGGAGAGUCCGGGCAGCCUGGCACCGCUGGCCCUGCUGGUGGAAAGGGACCCACUGGAGAUGAUGGACCCAAAGGAAACCCUGGUCCUGUUGGUUUCCCUGGAGAUCCUGGCCCGCCCGGUGAAGUUGGACCACGAGGCCAAGAUGGUGCAAAGGGUGACAGAGGAGAGGACGGAGAACAAGGAGAUGCUGGUUCACCUGGACCAACUGGUGAGAACGGACCUCCUGGACCUCCAGGAAAGAGAGGUCCUGCAGGUACAAGGGGACCAGAGGGCCGUCAAGGAGAGAAAGGAAGCAAGGGCGAUUCAGGUGCCCUCGGCCCUCCAGGGAAGACCGGCCCUGUGGGGGCACAGGGUCCACCAGGAAAACCAGGAACUGAAGGUCUAAGAGGGUUGCCUGGAUCAGUGGGUGAGCAAGGUUCCCCAGGUGCUGCUGGCCAGAAAGGACCCUCUGGACCUUUGGGUCCUCCAGGUUUACUUGGUCUUCGUGGUGACCCUGGUGCUAAGGGUGAGAAGGGACAUCCAGGUAUGCUUGGUCUGAUUGGGCCUCCAGGAGAACAAGGAGAGAAGGGAGACAGAGGCAUGCCAGGACCCCAGGGAUCAUCAGGACCCAAGGGAGAAACGGGUAUGUCUGGAGGAACUGGCCCUCUUGGCCCUGCAGGUCCUGCUGGUAUGCCUGGUCCGAGGGGUUUCAAAGGAGCUAAAGGUGCCACUGGUGGAGCUGGUGCUAAAGGAGAAAAAGGUGUACAAGGACCACCAGGACCACCGGGUCCCCCUGGUGAUGUCAUCCAGCCGCUGCCCAUUCAGAUCCCCAAGAAGUCCAAGCGCUCCAUCGACGCCAGUAAGAUGCUGUCUGAGACUGACACCGAGGCUGCCGACGCCACGGGCACAGAGUUCCUGACCGGUAAUGAAGGGAUGGAGGAGAUCUUCGGCUCGCUCAAUUCCCUGCGCCAGGAGAUCGAGAGCAUGCGCUUCCCGCUGGGAACGCAGGAAAGCCCGGCCCGCACCUGCCAGGACCUCCACCUCAGCCAACCAGAGCUGAAAGACGGCGAGUACUGGAUUGAUCCAAAUCAAGGCUGCGCCCGGGACUCUUUCAGAGUUUACUGUAACUUCACUGCCGGUGGAGAGACGUGCCUGUAUCCCAGCAAAGCAGUGGAGAAUGUAAAGAUGAACUCCUGGCCAAAGGAAAAGCCUGGGUCCUGGUACAGUCAGUUUGCAAAUGGUGACAAGUUUUCAUAUGUUGACUUGAGUGGAGAGCCCGUAGGUGUCGUCCAGCUGGGAUUCUUGCGGUUGCUCAGCGUCCAGGCCCGUCAAAACCUAACCUACCACUGCCACCGGUCAGUGGCCUGGGCUGACCUCACGACCGACAGCGGUUACCAGCGGGCGCUACACUUCCAGGGAGCCAACGAUGAGGAGCUGAGCUACGAGACCAGCCCCUACAUCAAAGCCCUCGUCGACGGAUGCUCUUAUCGUAAAGGUUUGGACAGGACAGUGCUGGAGGUGAACACACCUCAGGUGGAGCAGCUCCCUCUGCUGGACAUCAGGAUCUCAGACUUUGGGGAGGACAAUCAGAAAUUUGGUUUUGAAGUGGGACCUGUCUGUUUCCUGGGAUAAACACACACAUGCAGAGGGCAAGGGGAAUACAAUCGCCGAUACAAACAUUCACACAGAAACGUACUCACUCAAUCAUGCACUUAAAACCUAGACAUAAUGCCAACACUAAAAAAAGACAUUUGAAAUUACAUGUAAGAAGUGGGACACAUAGAUUCACACACACACACACACACACACUUACACAUUGUUGUGAAACAAAGUUGCACACAAAGUACACGCCCAGGGAAAAACACUCCCAGCAACGGAUGGACAACAAGAGGAGAAGAGAGCCAUUCUCGCAGGAGAGAUAUUGACAAAUAUUCUGUCAAGUAACAGAAGUGUGUUGGAGCAGAUCCUGCUGGCCUAAAGCGGAAGACCGUCCCGUUUCGGCCCCCUCUCUCCUACAGCUCCCCUCCCCACUGUUUCUCUUCCGAGACGUUCCACUCUUCCUACCUCCAUGCCUGACCGUUCCUCGCGUCCUCCCUUUCCUUAUAGAAUAGAAUGCAGGUGAAAAAUGUAAACUGAGGAAUGGAAGCUGAAAAUUCUGAGCAUGAAAAUUCCAUUAGAAGGUGAAAUUAGAAUCAUUUCUGUGCUGUAAUAAAAUCACACCAGCACUGUAACUGUACUGAAUGACUUGGGCCAUAUAUAUAUGCAAUGAAAUCAAAGCCAUUUACAGUGUGAAAUUGUACUGAAUCUGAUAAUGUUGUACAUUUAUUAUAGAGUAAAAAAAAAGAAGUUUUUAUAGACAUGCUGCCAACUUACCAGUCCAGUAUUUAUGGUGAAAGAACUUAAGCUGGUUGUAUUUUUACUACAGGGGCCUUUUACAAAUUUGCAUUUCAUCUGACAAUCUGCACACGGUUGACCCACGGCAUUCAGUAUUGAUGACAAACCCAUCCGUUUGUCACCUUUGACCUUUCGUGUGAACAGUGUUCAGGCUGGAAUUGUGCAUUAGAACCAUUUGUACAGAAAUAUUUUAUUGUAUUUAUUUUGUGAAACAAACAGGUGCUCACAAGAAAAUGACCAACACUUGCAGUCCAAAAAUAAUGUGGUAUUCAUCUGUAAUUAUUUCCUGUAGUUUUUUUCUUUUUCAACAAUCUAUUAAAUAUGUAAAUUAAACCCCAGAAA